AGCGCCGGCCGUUAAACCGGCCGAAAUCUACCGACAGAGAGCCAUUCAUUCAGAGGAAUUUAGAGCAACUUCACGCCGCGCGAAUCACAUUCACCAUGAAGGAGUCCAGAGCCGCGACCGCCGUGAAAGACUCUCGCAGAAAACACCCCGCAAACUGACAUGCAGGACGAGCAGGGGAAAACGCCAAAAAACCCCGGUCAAGUUCGUGAAUAUUUGAUGCCAGAUUCUGAAACAAAUCAGUGACCGAUCCUCCAGACAGACACCAUGACGGCCGCCAACGCUCCACGGGACCGGUAUAAUGCCGUAUGGAUCAUAUUCUUCAUUCUGGGCCUGGGAACUUUGCUACCGUGGAAUUUCUUCAUGACCGCUACCAUGUACUUCACCAGCCGUCUGAAGGACCCACAGACGAGCGGAGAACACAAUCUGACAAGCAAUGUGACGGUGGUGACGGGCGAUCGUAACGUCCUGGAGUCAAAGUUCAACAACGUGAUGACGCUGUGUGCCAUGGUGCCGCUGCUGAUUUUCACCUGCCUCAACUCCUUCAUCCACCAGAGGAUUCCUCAGAAGCUGAGGAUCUCGGGCAGCCUGUCUGUCAUUUUCGUGGUGUUCCUCAUCACGGCCGUGCUGGUGAAGGUGGAGAUGGAGCCCCUGCCGUUCUUCACCUUGACCAUGAUCAAAAUCAUCUGCAUCAACUCGUUCGGGGCCAUUCUGCAAGGGAGUCUGUUUGGUUUGGCUGGAAUGCUCCCAGCGUCCUACACCACACCCAUCAUGAGCGGACAAGGCCUGGCAGGGACCUUCGCAGCCUUCUCCAUGAUCUGUGCCCUCGCCUCGGGCUCUGAGCUGCAGGACAGUGCCUUCGGUUACUUCAUCACUGCCUGUGUGGUUAUUCUCCUGGCCAUCGUUUCCUACCUCGCUCUGCCUAAAAUGGAGUUUUUCCAGUAUUACUCCGAGAGCAAUGGCUCCCGAUCCAGCACCGAUGAGGAAAACAAGAUGGAUUUGCUGAAACCAGAAGGUGAAGCGGAGAAGAGGCCCGUCCUGAGCCUGACCGAUGAAGCCAGCAGGCCCGCCGUGUCGGUGUUCGGCAUCUUCAAACAGAUCUGGGUGAUGGCUCUCUCCGUGUGCUUCGUUUUCACCAUCACCAUCGGCGUAUUCCCGGCCGUCACCGUCGACGUCAAGACCACCGUCGUUGAAGGAGGCAGCAGUUGGAAUAUUUAUUUCAUCCCGGUGUCCUGCUUCCUCCUGUUCAAUGUGAUGGACUGGGCCGGCAGGAGCCUGACAGCUGUUUGCAUGUGGCCCGGUAAAAACAGCAUCUGGCUGCCCAUCCUGGUCGUGGCACGCUUGGUGUUUGUUCCUCUCUUCAUGUUCUGUAACGUUCAGCCCAGAAGCCUGCCCGUGGCGUUCGCUCACGACGCCUGGUACAUCGUCUUCAUGAUCCUCUUCUCCUUCAGCAACGGAUACCUGGCCAGCCUCUGCAUGUGCUUCGGACCAAAGAAAGUGUCCCAACACGAAGCGGAAACCGCAGGGGCCAUCAUGGCCUUCUUCCUCUCUCUCGGCUUGGCUGUGGGAGCCGCGUUAUCCUUCGCUUUCCGGGCCAUGAUCUAGAACCGUGGCCUAGUUCUCAGUAUGAUGAAGAGGAGGAACUUUAACCCCAGAUAUACACAGAGCCAGAAUGUUUUCACACUGCACAUGUAUCCACUUGCCUGUCUGUCCCUCUCGUUCGGUUCACUUCUAAAAGACGUGGAGCUGGAAUAGACAGUUAUUCACACAGGGAUUCGAAGAGGGAUCAUCUUCAUCGACAUCAAGAUGAGCAUCAUCAUCUUCAUCAGGCAAAAAAACGAGCCAAAUCUGAAUGCAUUUUUUUUUUGUAUACCUUUUGUACCAAUUCAGUAUUUAGCAAUAAUGUAUAGUUAACCCCUUUAUGUUUUAGUUGUUUUUAAUGUUUGUUUUCUUGUAGAUAUUAACAGUUUUAGUGGUUUUAGUGAUGGCAGCACGCAGCUAUUAGGGCGGUAGUUCACUGCAAAAAAAUAAGUUCUCGUUUUUUUUCUUUGCAAAUGCCUAAAAAUUCAAACCUGUUUUCUGAAAAUUAGUUUAAAGCACAAAAAUAAUUUGGUUUUCCCAUUGAAUGGUUUAUUUUUCUUGCAUUACCGAGACAUUUUCACUUGUUUUAAGCACACGCUUAACUAAUUGUAACACCGUACGUCAUUUUUCGUAAGUAAAUGUCUGUAUUUGAGAACGUUUAGAUAUUUGUACUGAAAACCGAACUAGUUUUUGCAGUGGUUCUAGCUAAAUUGUACUGUAUCACAUCAUCAAAGGGCCCCGAUUUGUGUUUAUAGUGGCAUUUUGAAUCGUGAGAUCCGUUCAGAUGUCUGCUGUUUAUUUUGUCGGCUGCAUGCAUUUUGAUUUGAACUUGCUUUCAAAUACUGGCCUCAGUACAUUUUGUCAGCAAUGAAGUUUCUCAUUUUAAAUGAAGGCCUAAAAGUGUUACAUUUGACCGUAUUAUUUAUGUUAAUUUUAUAACCGCUUUUUUGUUUUUAUUAUUAUUAUAAUUUUUAAAUGCAGCAUGUAUGACGACGCCUUCUAACAUCGCGCAAAUGCACAACUUGCUUUGGUGCCUCUUUAAAUGAGAUGUUUUCCAAAAAAAAUUGGCCAAAUUGAGAUGUGCGUCUGUGGACGGGUGGGACUGUGAACGGAAGGGGAUGGAAAUAAACACAUUUCUGUUUGUAA